UAGGUGGCAAAAGAUAUGGGUCUCGUUCGCAAAAUCAAGUCAACAUUAACUCGAUGGCUGCAGCUAAUCAAAUUAGUCCUCGUGGUUUUGAUGAUCAAUUUUUUCUUUUACAAUUUGAGGAGUGGGAUAGUAUACGAUCCUGCAUUCCUAGAAAAUUCAACUAAAGAAAACGAGCUAAUGGUUUCUUUUCCAGUAAAACUAAGGGCAAACUCCAAAAAUAUCAGUAUUCAUACCAAUAUUGGUGGUUACAUAUUCCACAACCACCGAUUAAGAUUAUGGUAUGAAGGUAGAUGUAUAGACUCUAGUGACGGAGAAAAGUUGACAGUACAGUUCUGUGAUCCUGAUUUGCAGCAGGCGUUCAGUCUAACGAUGGAUAAUCGUCUGAUAUACGAGAGAACUGGAAGAUGUGUCAACUACAAAAGCCAUGACACUGCCAAAUUUCUGGAACUGGUAGAUUGCUCUGAUGUCACAGAAAGGUUCUUUACAGAAAACACAGAUGGAAUGUUUUACAUACAGCGUAUCGUGAAAAAUGAAGAGUUGUGCAUCACACCAAUGUCAGAGAGGAACGAUAUGAACGUUACAACAAGUCCUUGUCUGGAGGAUCCUGUUGGAUUAACACGUUGUGAUAAGCAUGCUUCCAGAAUGCUACUGAUGGAGGAGGGUUUUUUUCAAGAAGACAGACAAUUGUUAAAGAUGGCUGUUGUACCUCCAAAUAGUUCAUGUGACUUUAAAGCGUGUGGGUUCAACAAAAGAGAGCCGGUGAAACUCCUGCCACCUGGCCAGGUGGGAAGAUGUACAAAGCUGUGGGAAUGUGUGACACUUGCAGUAAAAACAACCCGAAGACCACAUCUUAUAUUGCGUCUAGCUGAAUCAGUGAGAGAAAGUCUGGGAUUCGAUCUUCCGAUAGUUGCAUACGACGACGGACCAAACGAUUACCCUGAUGAAAUAAAUCAGCAAAUUGCAGAGUAUCCCUUAUUACAGUACGUAGUGAGUAAAAAUGAAGAUCUCGGUAUAGCUCGAGGGAGGAAUCUGGCUGUUAUGCAGGUCAAGACUAAGUACUUCUUCCUUAAUGAUGAUGAUAUCAUGUUCAAUGAAUACACAAAACUCGAUAAACUUGUUGAAAUUCUGGACACUACCGAUGUCACUGUGGCCUCAGCUGCUUACGAUGUAGGGAUUAACUUUACUGCAUACCUUGGAUUUGGAUAUUUUAACAAAAACAAGGCAAUCCGUAAACUAGGAAUUUACCAUUCUGCUUGCACACUUGUCAACCAAACAAUUCCAAACCAUCCAAGUUGUGUCAGAUGCGAUAUUACUUCGAACGCAUUUCUGGCACGAACCAAAGAGAUAUUGGAUAUAGGAGGAUGGGAUCCAGAGCUAAUGAUAGCGGAACACAAGGAUAUAUUUAUUAGACUGAAGGCAGCUGGCAUGAAAGUUGCACUUUGCCCGGAUGUGAAAGUAAAGCACGCUCGUCCGUCAAGUAAAGCUAAAGGCGUGGACUACAAAGAAAAAAGGCAUAGAGGAGGAGGAAGGUUUAAAGCUCUAAUGAACAACAGAUGGAACAUUCAGAACCUAUUCGAUAGAACGGCAAGCCAUAACUUGGUGAUUAACAACGAUACAAGAGAGAUAACAUACAUACAGGAGAGGGAUCGUGAAUCAUGUUAAUGGUUUUAUAAUCAUCAGACAGUUACCACUUUAAACAUUGUCAAACAGAAUUUGUAUCUUCGAGACUUUAGUAGUCCGGCUGAUAACUUUGGCAUUAAAAAAGGUCGCCAACUCUUUUGGAAUAUAAACUCUUUCAGGAUAGAAUGGUUUUAACUAAAAUUCCUACCCUCUCCAGAAUAGAGCAGGGAUUACCUGCUGAUAGUUGUUGCUCUAGGGUAAAAUAAGAGCUGUUCUCUGUUCGGGAUACCUGAAGGGCCAAUUAUAAAUUUUUGGCCUAUUUCAAUAUUUCCCUUUUCAAUCAUCGUGUUCUUUCUUAUAUGAAUAUCAUUGUAUCGUAUA